AUGGAGUGGAAAGUUGGUCAAUCGGUGCAAGUGCAAAGCCGUACAUGGGCUGGUAUCAACAAACCUGGAGGAUGUGCGCGGAUCACCAAGGUUCACUACUUUGACACUUCUACUGACGAUGAUGGAAACCAGAACAAUAGCAGCAAGAAUAUUCAGGGCCUCGAUGUCAAGUACGUCGUUGGUGGAGGCUUCGAAAAGAACCUAGAUCCAAAUUUGGUCUUCCAUCUCGAAACUCUCCAACGGGGAGGACGCAAACGAAGGGGACGAGAGUUUCUCAUGGAACGAGUCGACGAUAUACGCAGCAAAGUUUGCAAGUCGAAACAGAAACAACCGGAAAAGAAAGUCAAGGGGAAGAGUGCCAAACAAAAGGAUGAAGCCAAGAAGUCCACCAAACGAAGGUUGCCACUGCCCAUCAAAAAAGGGGGGAGGACGGAGAACGAGGAUCCUCAAUCGGCUACUUUGUCGCCAUCAGAACCCUCCUCGCCAUCCGCAGUUAGCUCAUCUCCUCCACAGCCCAAAAGCCGUCGCAAAGUUGCCAAGACGCUCGUUCCCGCCAAGAAAAAGAUUGUGGUAGCUGUUGCCAGUAACAACACCAAAGACGCCGUCAAACCCAUGGAAGUGGUCUUCACUGACCAAUGCAUUGAAGUGUCUCCACUGGACCGAAUUCUUGCUCGUAAGCAGAAGAAGUCUCCUCCGGAAGUGAGACGAGGUUUGUUUGAGAGCCGCAAACAAGAUAGUCCGACGGAUCAGGGCGAGAUUGCCGCAGCAGUGCAGGCAGCGGCUUUUGCAGUGGCACCAAAAGCCAACAAGGUGGUUGCCGCUACUAGUGCAACAAGCACGGCUACUGGCUCGAGUAAAAAGCAAAAGAAGAAGCAGCAGUACAACAAGCAAAUGCCACAAUCUACAAUGGGGAAACAGCAAUCGCGUCAAACCACUGAGGCCGCCGUCAAUGAUACGCCCACUCAGCAGCAAAAUCCUUCCGUCUCUCGUCAUCAGCCCUUGCAUCACAUGGCUGCUAAACCACCAGCAUCGUACACUCCCAAAUUGCAAAUGCCUCGGCCUCCGCCCAAACAUGCAGUCAAACCGGGCAAGUCGGUUCCCCUCAAACGAGUCUUUGAAAAUGAAAUGCAAAAGGCCCGACAAUUCAUUGAUGAUCUCAUAAAACCUCGAGAAGAGGAAGAAGACCUGGAGGAGGAUAAGGAUGAUUCUCAACGACAACCAUCGUCACCUUCUCGAUUUGUCCAAUUCAUGACCAUUUUCAAUCGCAUCCGACUUCGAAUGGAUGAUGGUACCAUAGAGGAGGAGGACUUUUUGAAACAGGUUAAUGCCGAGGCCAUUCGAGCGUAUGACAAGAACGAGAUAAAUACAUUCAUUGACAAGCUGUCGGAACAAGGAAAGGUCAUGAAGAGUGAUGGCAACAUUUACAUCAUUUGA